AUGGGGAUGCAGGUCGGCAAAGCCGGCGCCGCGUCCCUGGUUCUGCUGGGCCUUUGCUUCGCUGCCGCGGUCAAGUCGGUGCCUCUGGCCGAUGCCGGACCGCACGUCUACUACGGCUGGGGGGACCCUAUCCGGGUCAGGCACCUCUACACGGCCAGCCGGCACGGACUGUUCAGCUAUUUCCUGAGGAUCCACGGCGACGGCCGUGUGGACGGCGCCGCUAGUCAGAGCCGACACAGUUUGCUGGAGAUCCGAGCAGUAGCGCUUCGCACCGUAGCCAUCAAGGGCGUGCACAGCUCUCGCUACCUGUGCAUGGAAGAGGAAGGCGGGCUGCACGGGCUGCUCAUAUAUACCACAGAGAAUUGCUCUUUUGAAGAGGAGAUACGUCCAGAUGGCUACAACAUCUACAAGUCAAAGAAAUAUGGAAUUCUACUGUCUUUAAGUAAUGCCAGGCAAAGACAACAAUACAAAGGAAAAGACUUUCUUCCAUUAUCUCAUUUCCUACCUAUGAUGAACACUGUGCCAGUGGAAGAUUUUGGAGAAUAUAGUGAUACCAGGCAAAAUUUGGAAUCUGGUAUUUUUCAACAACCAGUUAAAACUGACAGCAUGGAUCCCUUUGGUAUCACUUCUGAAGUAUCCUUAGUACAGAGUCCUAGUUUUGGUUAGUAACUUCUGUUUCUUUAAUUAGAUUUUAUAAAGAUGUUAUGAAGAGGUUAGGAUUGUAUUUUUUUUGAAGUGAUAACUUAAAACAUGACAAACGUGUAGAUAGGAUUACCACCUUUGUAAAACAAUACUAAUUCCAAGAAAGCUACCCUCAUUCACCCUCUUUGUCAUCUAUACAAAGUACUUAGAAAAGUUCCUUCUAAAUGUUUUAUUUAGGAAUGAGAAACAUUCAAAGCCUGCAGAAUUUCUUUUGUUUGGAAGAUCUUUGGACAGAUAAACCCAUAGAAAUUCUACUGCUUCAUUACUUCCAAUUACCUCGGAGUCCCAAUAACUGCUGCUCAUUCAAAUGUAAUUCCCAUUCAAUGUAUAUAGAAUAGAAUAGAACAGAACAGAACAGAGCUGAAAGGGACCUUGGAAGUCUUCUAGUCCAGCCCCCCCCCCCGCGCUCAAGCAGGAGAACCUAUACCAGUGGUGGCAAACCUAUGGCACGAGUUCCAGAGAAGGAACUCAGAGCA